CGCCCUCCUCAGGUCACCGCCGGAGCCUCGCCGAGCAGUCGCCAGCUAACCAGCCUCCUGCUCUGCUCAGCCGCUGCCCCCGGAGAGAAGGUACUGCCUGGCUGACAGUGGCCCCAGUGACCUCUGUGGAUGUUACGCAAUGAAAACUUUACAAGAAACACGCAGGACUAGUUUGGACCUCCUAGGGAUCCAUUAACUGCAUAUACACCAUGUCUGUGAUUUUGGUACUGCUGUGUCAACUACAUGUGAUGACGUUUGCAUUUCCUCACUGCAUAGGGAGACUAAAUAACUUAAAGAAAGCUGAACGGGAAGACGUGUUCACAUCAGAAAAGGAGGCAAAUUUAUUCAUUGGACGACAUCUUCUAAAUAACAGACUUGAUUUUGAAGCAUUCACAGCAGAUAACUUGGAAAGAGAAUGUUUUGAGGAGCUCUGCAAUUAUGAAGAAGCAAGAGAAAUUUUUGAAGACCCUGAUGAAACGAUGGAUUUUUGGAAAGACUAUUCAACUAAAGGCCCUAAAAUUGGAAUAGGUGAUGAGGCACUACAAAAGAUUAACGUUACAGGACUUCUCAUCAGUCUAGUUGCUGCUGGAGUACUCUUAGUUAUAAUUGCACUGCUUAUCUUCUACUGCUGCAAAAGUAGGUGCAAAUCCAGGCAACCACCAGGGUAUGCGGACUACGUAAGAAGACAUUCUAGCAUCUUCAGAAGGCAUGAAGAAUUUUCUUUAAACCCACUUCCUCUCAGAACUGAUGAUUCAGGACUGCCAAGUUAUGAUCAAGCAGUUAUUUCAGAUGGACAACACCAUGUGCCACCACCUCCUUAUCCAGGGCCCCCCGAGGUGGCAAGGGCAUUUAAAAAAUCAAUGUCACUUCCUUAGUGACAUUGUGACACUGCCCUUAGUCAAAAAACCUCCUGGGGUGAUAGAGGAAUUACUGAAACAUAGCAUACUUUUUUAAAAAAAGUAUAUGCUACCUUGCAUAUUGCAAGACACUUUACAAAAACGUGAAAGAUCUUGAGCACAUCCAGGAAGACGUGAGCUGUUGGAAAGGCAGCAGACCUGUUCUUUGCACAGGGUUAUUGCUCUAAGAGGAGGGAAUGCAUGAAGAGUAAGUCUUGUAUUGCCACUCUCUUUUAUAUGCACUUUGAGGAAUGCCAUCAUACUAUUGAUGUCUCAUUAAUAGUUUAAUCUUUCUUUUUCUUCAUAAAGAAGUA